UUCCGACUGGUAGCUUCACAGCUUGAAUCGGAAUACCACACCGCCCAAUGGUUCCCAGUACCCUUUCUACAGCUCUAAGUACCCCUUUCUUAACAGCGCCGGAAAAGAUGCUGCGCCCUACCUGGAUCGGCUUUAUUCAUUGUCGCAUCCAUUCCCUCAUUCAUUCUAUUCCGCAGAAUAUAAGUCCCUGUUCAUGCUUAUUAUCCUCGCUGGGAAUUUCUUUCUAGAUCUAUAAAAAGUAUAUCAAUCAAAAGAGUAUCCCGAUCAGCAUCUAAAGCAUCAGGGCGGAUAUACAAGAAGUUUAACGAGGGAAUUUGACAUGAUCUACAGGAAGAAGUGCUGCUACUAUGAUGCCCAGUUUUGCUUCUCCCUUACUACAAUGUGAAAAGCUGCCCUCGUUUCUAUUAUCCGACAUCGAUCUCGGCUUCCUUGACAAGGCAAUGUGAGCCAACGUGCUGAGAUAGAUGACGGGCUUUGCCGUUCCAGGGCAGCAUUCACGAUGUGAGGAAAGAACAAAAAACCAUACAGAUGGCAUCGCGAAUCCCCUACCGAAGUGACUUCACCUCCAUCAGCGGUUACGUUAACAACCGAUUUGCGACAGCGGAUAUGCGACUAGGUUGAUCUAUUAAAUCUCAUGCUAUGGUCCAUUAAAUGCUUCUUUUUCGAUUCGGUAUGGAAGCUUUGUUCUCACCUCCAGUACCAGCGCUUCAGAGACUAGGGCCUUGUUACAGCCUCUUCCGACUAUGCCAUCAUAUUCUACUUCGGAUGUUAAGGAGCUAGCCUCAUUUAGGAGCACUGUUUUCAUCCAACUCAAAAUAUUGUAAGAGAAGAAAGGAACAUUUAUGCCCAAAGACUCCCAUGCUUUCUGUUGGUUAACAACCAACCACAGCUCUCUAUAGUUCUUAACUACUCCGACUCUCUUUCUGUCUGGAGGGAAUUCUUUUUUCGAAAUAAAUCAUGCCUCAACUAGAUAAAUUUACUUAUUUUACACAAUUCUUCUGGUUAUGCCUUUUCUUCUUUACUUUCUAUAUUUUCAUAUGCAAUGAUGGAGAUGGAGUACUUGGGAUCAGCAGAAUUCUAAAACUACGGAACCAACUAAUUUCACACCAGGAGAACAACAUCCGGAGCAAGGACCCCAAGAAUUUGGAAGAUAUUUUGAGAAAAGGGUUUAGCACCGGUGUAUCCUAUAUGUACUCUAGUUUAUUCGAAGUAUCCCAAUGGUGUAAGGCUGUCGACUUAUUGGGAAAAAGAAGGAAAAUUACUUUGAUUUCUUGUUUUGGAGAAAUAAGUGGCUCACGAGGAAUGGAAAGAAACAUAUUCUAUUUAAUAAGGAAGUCCCCAUAUGUCGCUUCUUUGAAUCCUGGAUGGAGAAGGAUCACUUGUAGGAAUGACAUAAUGCUAAUCCAUGUUCUACACGGCCAAGGAAGCAUCGUUUUUUAAUCUCAUUAUGACUUGGUCGUUCGGAAGAGAGAACUUACAAUGCUACAAAGCCGCAUUCUCCGAAGAUUUACGAAGAAUAAAAGGGGAAAGAAAAUUAAUAAGAAAAACUUUAGCAGAAGGAAAGAGUAUUCUACGGGGAUAAGGGACCCCCAGGCUUUCUGAAAAUAAAAGAAAAGAAAGAAGAUCCUCCCAUGUAGUUCGUCGGUUAAACCAACGAUUCUCUUCCUAAAUUUAUAGUAAUAGAGAGAUCUUUUUCUAGUUAGACUUCUAUCAAUGCAAUGAAAGAACCAUCCCUUCCUAUUUGUUUGUCCUGUCAGAUAGAAAUCAAAUUAGACCCCAAAGAGCCCUUCUUUACUACUUUAGGGGGUGUGGGGUGAUGGGGGGGUUUACAUACAACCUUGGCAAAGUUGUUUAUGAUUGAAUCUCAGAGGCAUUCUUAUCAUUUGGUAGAUCCAAGUCCAUGGCCUAUUUCGGGUUCACUCGGAGCUUUGGCAACCACCGUAGGAGGUGUGAUGUACAUGCACUCAUUUCAAGGGGGUGCAACACUUCUCAGUUUGGGCCUAAUUUUUAUCCUAUAUACUAUGUUUGUAUGGUGGCGCGAUGUUCUACGUGAGUCCACGUUGGAAGGACAUCAUACCAAAAUCGUACAAUUAGGACCUCGAUAUGGUUUUAUUCUGUUCAUCGUAUCGGAGGUUAUGUUCUUUUUUGCUUUUUUUUUGGGCUUCUUUUCAUUCUUCUUUGGCACCUACGGUUGAGAUCGGAGGUAUUUGGCCCCCAAAAGGGAUUGGGGUUUUAGAUCCUUGGGAAAUCCCUUUUCUUAAUACCCCCAUUCUCCUUUCAUCCGGAGCUGCCGUAACUUGGGCUCAUCAUGCUAUACUCGCGGGGAAGGAAAAACGAGCAGUUUAUGCUUUAGUAGCUACCGUUUUACUGGCUCUAGUAUUCACUGGCUUUCAAGGAAUGGAAUAUUAUCAAGCACCCUUCACUAUUUCGGAUAGUAUUUAUGGUUCUACCUUUUUCUUAGCAACUGGCUUUCAUGGUUUUCAUGUGAUUAUAGGUACUCUUUUCUUGAUCAUAUGUGCUAUUCGCCAAUAUCUUGGUCAUCUGACCAAGGAGCAUCACGUUGGCUUUGAAGCAGCUGCAUGGUACUGGCAUUUUGUAGACGUGGUUUGGUUAUUCCUAUUUGUUUCUAUCUAUUGGUGGGGGGGUAUAUGAAGGAACGAAAAAGUGGAUUGAGAAAUAAAAGCUCGAAGGCAAAGAGAAUCGGGCUUUUCCAAAGAAUUACUGCAGCUUUGCUGCUCCCUUUAAUUAUCAUAUACAAAAAACUUUCUUCCACUUUCCUACCAAAUCUCUUUUUAUUCUGGCAUAUAAAUGAAGGGAUCAAAGAGAUUAUGGCGGAUUAUGUUCACCAAGAAAUGACCCGAAAUUUGAUCUUGGUCUAUUUGAGAUUGUUCUUUUUAAUCGUAAUCAAAGAUGUUUUCUUGUCUCUCGUUUCUUUUCUGAACAAAUCGAAGAACCUAAUGGAUCGAACUCAUACAUCAAAACGUCUGUUAUAGUUAUUAAUGUUAUAGUUAUUAAAGAUAGGAAUGAACC